CCGCUGAGCCGAUCCGCCGAGUUGGGCGUCAGUGAGCGAGAAGAGGAGCCGACUUUGCUCGUUCGGUGUUUAUAAAUUGACCCUGGUGCUCUUCGUGGAACGCUCGGCUCAGGGACUCGGGCGGGGAGGAGGAGGAGGAGGAGGAGGAUAAAGGAGAGCAGCGAGGUGAUCGGCUGUUAGGGUUUCUAAUAUUGCGGCAUCCUUUUCCGAGUUGGGAAUCCUUCUUGGGUUGAUCUUUCGAUCUCUCUUCGCAGCGACGUCUACACAACAAGGUUCAACAAGAGUCAUAUCACCAUCUGAAAUGGAGGUAUUUGGCAAAUCUAUGAUUGCCGAGUCAAGCAAUGUGAUUUAUUUGUCCAGUAUUCUUAACAAGGAAGGGCCAAUCCCAAGUCACAAAUGUGACAACAGAUGCCAAAAUGCUCUUGUGUUUGGGAAUGUGUACCAGUGCAAAUUAACAGGGUUGACACACAUCUGCGAUAAGAAUUGUAACCAGAGGAUUUUGUACGAUAACCAUAAUUCUCUCUGCAGAGUGAGUGGGCAGAUUUUUCCUCUUUCACCAACAGAAGAGCAGGCAGUUAGAGGAGUGCGGAGAAAAUUGGAAAUGACUAAUUCUGAUGGUUGUGCUUUUAAGCGUAGGCGAGAUGCCCAGCUGCAUCCUUCUCCUUUUGAGAGGACUUGCUCUGCAGUAUCUCCAAUAUGCAGUCAAAUUGGAGAUGGCAUGGAUAUGAGUUAGAGCUGAUUAGCCCCAUUUCCCUUCUCUCUCUCUCUCUCUCUUUUUUUUUUAAUUUUCAUUUCUCCAUACCAUUUAUGUUGUGGAUGGAAAAGGACCUUUCGAACAAUACAUGGAGGCAAGGAGGAACUUUGUAGUAACUUCCAAAUGAAAGUUUGAAACUAUAUUCCUGUAACGGUUUAACUUUGAACUUCUCAUUGAGAGGACAAUAAGUCUUGGGAAUCAAAUAUCUAGGUUUACCUUAUGAUAGGAUUGUUAUUUCUUUUUUCCAGGCUUACUUGUAGCUUCAUCAUAGAUAACAUCUUUCUAGUGCCCAUUGAGCUCUUUGGUUGAUACACUCGCCUCAUCUUAUAUGUGGUUGAUAUAAUUAUUUACUUCAUUUUGAUUCUGUUCCUCUCUCUUCUUUUUUUUUUAACUCUUGUGGAAAUUACAAGAUUAGCUUCUCUAUUUUAAGAAAUGUAGAAUAACCUUUUCUUUUGCCCCUAGUUCGUUAUGAUGAUGAUUCUUUAAAUUUUAUAUCUUGUUUUUAUUUAUUUAUUUUUUUUUUAUAUUUGCUUGUAAAAAACUUUACUUUGACUUAAUUUAAUUGUUCUUGAGCUCUUUGCAGGCCUAUAUGUAAAUAACAACUUGAAAGGCAGGUUUUAUGCUUUGAGUGGUGAUAUUGCAUUAUGUGCUGAUAUACUUGUUUAUAUUUGAACUGUUUGCAGGUGGUGGCGUAGUUGUAUUUCCUUAAUUCAUUUCAAAAAAUUUUGUUUAUAUAUCUGAAAAUCUAUGUUGUUUUGCAGGAAUUCAAGCGCUGACAGAUCAGUAUAUGAAAAUUUGUUUUUCAUUUAAUUAGUUUGAUUUUAGUUUGCAGUUAAUGCCAUCAUCUAAUCUGAUUUCAUAUCUGCAGGUGCAACUUGUUGAGUGCAUUCUGGUUUCUUACCAUUGGAUUUGACCAAACAAAAGCUGCUCAUAAUCCCUUCAUUAGUGAUGGGAUGUUCUUUGUUGCUGCUGCUAAUCUAUUCGUGGGAUUUUUCAACUGUCCUAUUGAGACCUAUUUGUUUGUUUUAUUCAUGGCGAGAUAAUCUAUCCUGGCAUUAGGUCCAGUGGUCAGUUCAUGUAGUUCAUUGGUUUGCUUCCUGUAGCAGUUUCUGAUAUCCAUUCAUUAGUGGCAUUAUCGUUUUGUUGAUA